AUGGAUGCACAGGGUGGAACGAAUGCUUUACUGGGCUGCAUGGCAUCGGUGUUUAUAGAGCACUACGCGCUCACCAUGGAGAGCUCCCCGCUGAUUGCGCUGGUGGAAAUAGUGCUACAAGUUCUGCGCCUGCUGCCUUCCUUCUCCUAUUCGCGGGGCCAGACGAAGCUCUUGCAGCUCGCCAAUGAGAACUUCAUCUGCCGCAUCGGCGGACAAGUGCUCGAAGCCGCCUGUUUCGCCAAGACCGGCGAAGCGAAGCUUUCGCUGAAACAGUGCUGUGCACAUAUCAACGACCCCGAUCCAGCGAAGUACGCAAUCAAUCCAGUGGACCCUCAUAAUUAUUCUGCCUGCUACGAGAUGCUCACUCUCGCUAUCGAAGGUCCUGUGCUUUUCGUGUUGCUCAUAUGCCUCGACCGCUUCUGGCUCCGUCGGCUCGACCAACGUUUGAGCGAACCCGAUUCUGAACAGCAGCUCAUGAUGAAAGACCAGCCUGGUGCUCAAGGCCUCGGCGCAAACGUGGGCAGCACAAAGGCUGCCAAGCGCUACGACACAGAUGUGCUUCAGGAGGAUAAACUGGUCACUGGACUGCUCUACGAGCGCAUGCCGCCACCACAAGGCGUCAGUCCAGCAAUGAUAGUCUGUCGCUUGCAGAAGUCGUACGGCUAUGUCGACACCAACGUGGUGCUGAAGGGCUUAAGCUUCACCGUGAGACCCGCCGAGUGCUUCGGCCUCCUCGGUGUGAACGGCGCCGGCAAAACGACCACGUUCAGGAUACUCACGGGCGAGAUACUGCCGCACGAUGGCGAUGCCUUCGUUAACGGAUUCUCAGUCGUUCGCGAGCGUUCCCAGUUCCAUCGCUACCUGGGCUACUGUCCGCAGCGCGAAGGCCUUCUGGACAUGCUGACCGGCCUGGAGACCCUGCUGCUGUACACCCGAAUGCGCGGCAUACAGCUCACCGAGCAGUACCUACACACACUGCUAUCCAUUUUUAACCUCGAAGAUAUCGCCGAUCAGCUUGUGGCACAGUACAGUGCCGGCAAUCGGCGCAAGCUCUCCAUGUGCGUCUCAAUGAUCGGCAUGCCCAACGUGCUUCUUCUGGACGAGCCGUACGCCGGUGUCGGGACCACAUCGCGGAAGCGCAUCGUGCAUUACCUCAGCGCCCUGCAGCGUGUGGCCAAGAUAUCCGUCGUGCUGACCUCGCACAGCCUUUCCGACGUCGAGUUCUUGUGCAACCGCAUCGCCAUCUUGGGAGAUGGAAAGCUACAAUGCCUCGGCUCGUUUUCGCACCUAAAGGACAAAUUCGGGAAGGGCUACACCAUCACGGUGAAGACGUAUCCGGACAGAAAGCAAGACGUCGUCUACCACCAAGAAGUUGCACGUGAAGUGGUCAAGAUCUUCGAUGAAGCGGAGCUCGUGCAUAGCUUCGAG